AUGCUCACCAAGCUUGCCGUCACCUCCCUGCUGGUCAGCGCUGUUUGCGCUGUGCCCUAUCCCCCCUCGGUUGCUGAUUCCAGCGCCAUCUCAAAGGUUGCCGCCUCGGUUUUCACCACGAAGAAACCCAAUGGCGGUAACUUCAUGCCCACCAGCCAGUCAAAGGCCACUAGAACUACCAAUGCUGAGUCUCCAGCUGCGGCUGACCUUGAGCGCCGUCAAAAGGGCGAACGAGUCCAGAAUGGCAACUUGGCCACUUACAACAGCGCCGACAUUAAAGACGGCAACGGAAAUGGUGUAGAUUCCUACACGAUGUAUUGGGGUGACGGUAGUACCGGUCAAGGCUGGCCUGACAAGAACCGCUGGGUGUCUUUCGAGAACAUGUUCAAUAACUACAAGAACCAAAUGUUCCAGUCUUGCGGCUGGCAGAACCCUCCUCAGCCAAACAACAGUGGGCCAGAAGUCGGGGCUAUCUGGGAUGGCAUCCAGAAGGCCGCCGAUGCCUCCGGAGUUGAUCACCGAUUAAUCCUUGCUGUCAUUAUGCAGGAGUCUCACGGCUGCGUUCGCGCACCAACCACCAACUACGGCGUCCGCAACCCGGGUCUGAUGCAGGACCACAAUGGCCACGGGACAUGCAAUGACAACGGCCGGGUCCAGAACCCUUGCCCUUCCGCCACAAUCUUUGAGAUGAUAAGUGAGGGAACUGCUGGAACCGACUCUGGAGAUGGACUCGCCAACUGUAUUAACCAGUCCGGACGAGGAGACGUCUCUGCUUUUUACCGUGCUGCUCGCAUCUACAACUCUGGCUCUAUUUCCAACACCGGACAGCUCCAGAAUGGUAUUGCUACUCACUGCUACGCCAGUGACAUUGCCAAUCGUCUUACUGGCUGGGUUAACGCUGGUUCAAAGUGCAACUGCGACAACAACCCCGGCAGCUGCGGUAUUGUCACACAUUAA